UGUCGCCUCCCUCCAUCUUCAUCUUCAUCUUUAUCUUCAUCUUUCUACAUUUUCUCUCUCCUCCAUUUUCUUUCUCUAAAGAAAACAAGAUGAUGUUCAGUCAAAGCCAGUACGACAAUGGAUUCUCAUCUUCUCAAUUCACUCAAUCUGAUUCCACACCGUCUCCUUCUAAGAAUAGCUAUCAGCAGGGAACAAUUCCGUUAACAGUGAAGCAACUUAGCCAAGCUUCACUCUCCUCCACCGACGAAAAAUCCUGUUUUAACCUCGACGGCGUUGACGUCACCAACGUCAAAUUGGUGGGAAUGAUAUUUGAUAAAACAGAGAAAGUGACUGAUGUUUCGUUCACCCUUGAUGACGGUACUGGACGUAUGGGAUGUAGAAGAUGGCUCAAUGAAGCUUUUGAUAGAAAGCAAAUGGAGGUUAUAGAAGAAGGAAUGUAUGUUCAGCUUGUUGGUCACUUGAGGAACACCAGAGGCAACACAGAAAUAGUUGUCUUUAGUAUGAGGCCUGUUAGUAAUUUUAACGAGGUUACCCACCAUCAUGUAGAGUGCAUUCACCAGCAUAUAGUACACCAGAAGUUACAGAAAGGCGAGUCCCUUCCUCAGAGUCAGACAAUGGACGCAUCACAUAGCACCCCGGUCAAAGUUGAAUCCAAUGGAAUUCACUCGUCUCCAACUAAUCAGUUCCCUAUGCAGAUGAGUGUUGAUGGGUUAAAGGACAUUGAGCAGAGGGUGAUUGAGUAUUUGCAACAAUCUUCAAGCCUGGCCGAAGAAAAGGGUGUACACAGGGAUGAAAUUGCUCGGCAUUUGAAGCUAUCUGUAGACAAGAUCAUGGAAUCCAUCACAUGUCUGGAGGACGAAGGCUUAAUAUACUCUACAGUCGAUGAAUUUCACUUCAAGUCAACUGCUGCUUAAAAAAACAAACCAUUUUGACAACGAGGACUAGCUAGAACACGCUUCUAAAGCUUGGAAUCUAAAUCUGUUCUGUUAUUACUGUAUUAGUAUUGACUUAAAUCAGUUCAUUCUCAUAUCCAGUAGCAUAGGCUUUCGUUUCAUAGUAUUUUGGUAAGUAUGGGAAUUGCAGCUAUAUGUAUAUGCUGGCUUUCGAUUAAAAGCUGUAUAAGUGGUAAGUUGAGGGCCUUGUAGUACUUUACUACGGUGUUCUCUAAAUUGAAAAAUGGAUAUCAUUAGAAUUUGUUCUUCGUUUGUAUUGUAA